UUCGACACUUGAACUUUUGCGCCAUUGCGCCUGUCAUCUGUCAAAGUAUUCUUCCGUUGAGAAAAGUGACGCCAUUGUGAGCCGUAACGACUUUGUGCUAGGACGAGAAUAAUCUCGAUUUACUUUAGCAAUCUUGCGUACAAAAGUACUCAAAUAAACCAAAAAUGGCAGAUGAUAUGCCCACAUUCAAGUGCGUGCUCGUCGGCGACGGAGGUACCGGCAAAACUACAUUCGUGAAACGUCAUUUGACUGGAGAGUUCGAGAAGCGAUACGUCGCUACCCUGGGAGUCGAGGUGCACCCCCUGGUGUUCCACACAAACCGAGGGCCCAUCAGAUUCAACGUCUGGGACACCGCUGGACAAGAGAAGUUCGGAGGUCUCAGAGACGGAUACUACAUUCAGGGACAAUGUGCCAUCAUCAUGUUUGAUGUAACAUCCCGAGUCACCUACAAAAAUGUACCCAACUGGCACAGAGACUUGGUCCGUGUAUGUGAAGGAAUCCCUAUUGUGCUAUGUGGAAACAAAGUAGAUAUCAAAGACAGAAAAGUCAAGGCCAAAACAAUUGUGUUCCACAGGAAAAAGAACCUUCAGUAUUAUGACAUCUCAGCCAAAUCGAACUACAACUUCGAGAAGCCUUUCCUUUGGUUAGCUAGGAAGUUGAUUGGUGAUGGAAACCUAGAGUUCGUCGCCAUGCCCGCCCUCGUGCCCCCAGAAGUCACCAUGGACCCACAAUGGCAGACCCAAAUCGAAAAGGACCUCAAGGAAGCACAGGACACUGCACUGCCCGAAGAAGAUGAAGACUUGUAAAUAGGAACUAAAACAUUUGAAACCCAGUGCCGGCUACCAAAUUUUGUUUUCAAAAUCUUAUGUAAACACUAACUGUGUCCUAAAACAUCAUUCCAUUAUGUCUCAAGAUGAAGUACAUGUUAAGUAAACUACUGUUUGGUAAUGUUUGAAGCUAUUAAGUUAAUUGUAUUAUUAUUUUGUAGUAAUUUUAUUGCAACUUAUUAACAUCUACACUAAUGUGUAACACUAUGUAUUCCUAGUAGUUUACAACUCAUUUGGUUAUUAAUAAAAUUGUAAUUAAAGGUAAGUAUAAGAACCCAUUACUGAACAUCUUAAUUUAUGUCUAAAUCUCAUGUUAUUUUGUUACUUAUGAGGACUGACAAUAUUCACUGUAAAUUGUGGUGAUGCCUUUUGAAUAAAAUUUUAAAAUCAA